CUCAAUUUCCUUAUCUCUGUUUUCUCUUUCUCUGUUUGCAGAAGAAAGGAAAAGAGAAUAUGGCGGCCACGCUUACUCUACUCAAACUUCCAUUUCUUCCCCAAAAACCUUCGAAUUCACAAUCAAAGCUCCGAAUCACAUCAUCCAAACAAUACCAUCUUCCCAAUCCCAAUGAAGAAUCAAACCCACAUCACAAAAUCUUCAUUCAGACAAUCGAUCGAUUAAACUCAGCCUCAAUUCCUCUCGCAACUCUUGCAUUUCCAUUCAUCUUUGAUUCACAGGAUGCGUUAGCUGUGAAUGGAGAAUUAGGGUUAUUGGAAGGAAGAACAGCGGCUUUGAUUCAUCCAUUAGUAAUGGGUGGUCUGUUUUUCUAUACAUUGUGGGCUGGUUAUUUAGGUUGGCAAUGGAGGAGAGUUAGAACAGUUCAAGAUGAGAUUAAUGAACUGAAGAAGGAGGUUAAACCAAUUGCUGUCACACCAGAUGGAAGUUCCCCUGCAGCCGAUCUUCUUCCCCAAUCCCCUGUUGAAUCCAAAAUUAAGCAGCUUACCGAGGAGAGGAAGGAAUUGGUGAAAGGUCAAUAUAGGGAUAGACAUUUUAAUGCAGGAUCAAUAUUGUUAGCUUUUGGAGUGCUGGAAUCGGUAGCUGGAGGAUUCAACACUUGGUUUAGAACUGGAAAGCUAUUUCCAGGUCCUCAUCUGUAUGCUGGGGCGGCCAUAACAGUUCUUUGGGCCGCUGCAGCAGCUCUUGUUCCCCCGAUGCAAAAAGGGAACGAUACCGCUAGGAGUCUUCAUAUAGCUUUGAAUGCUUUGAAUGUUCUUCUCUUCGUUUCUCAAAUCCCAACUGGAUUUGAUAUUGUCUUAAAAGUUUUUGAGUUUACCAAAUGGCCUUGAAUCUUGAUGAACAUACUCAAUCUAAAUAUUAUAUAUUAGGUUUGCUUUGUUUUAGAAUUGUCAUUUAUCUUUGGUUGGAAGUGUUUUUAAUAGAAGUUUGAGAGUUAUCUCAUGCAUA